CGCCAGCGCCGAGAAGACCGUCGGGGAAAGAAAGCCGCCGGAUAAGAAACCAUAGAGAUCGAAAGCGUCCCCCUGCUGUUUCCUGUCCUAGAUUCGGAGCCAGCGCCCUCUCUAGGUCGGAGAGGAAGUGACGUUGCUGCCGGGAAAAUGGCGGCGAUGGCGACAGUUCCAUCCUCAACUUCGGUCUCUGCCACAGCCACCGCAGUGGCUCUCGGAGAGGUGGAGGACGAAGGGCUCCUGGCAUCAUUGUUCCGGGACCAGUUCCCGGAGGCCCAGUGGCGGGAGCGGCCCGACGUGGGCCGCUACCUCCGGGAGUUGAGCGGAUCCGGGCUUGAGCGGCUGCGACGUGAGCCCGAGCGCCUGGCAGAGGAGCGGGCCCAGCUGCUGCAGCAGACUCGCGACUUGGCUUUCGCCAACUACAAGACUUUCAUCCGCGGCGCCGAGUGCACCGAGCGCAUCCACCGCCUGUUUGGCGACGUGGAGGCGUCACUUGGCUGCCUGCUGGACCGCUUGCCCAGCUUCCAGCAGAGCUGCAGGAACUUUGUGAAAGAGGCUGAGGAGAUCAGCUCCAACCGCCGAAUGAACACCCUUUCUCUAAACCGGCACACGGAAAUCCUGGAAAUCCUAGAGAUUCCUCAGCUGAUGGACACCUGUGUCCGCAACAGCUAUUAUGAAGAGGCCCUGGAGCUUGCAGCCUAUGUACGCCGACUGGAAAGGAAGUACUCCUCCAUCCCUGUCAUCCAGGGCAUUGUGAAUGAAGUGCGCCAGUCCAUGCAGCUGAUGCUGAACCAGCUGAUCCAGCAACUGAGGACCAACAUCCAGCUCCCUGCCUGUCUCCGUGUCAUUGGCUUCCUGCGGCGCAUGGAUGUGUUCACUGAGGCUGAGUUGAGGGUCAAGUUUCUUCAGGCCCGAGAUGCUUGGCUCCGUUCCAUCCUGACUUCCAUCCCCAGUGAUGAUCCCUAUUUCCACAUCACAAAAACCAUUGAGGCCUGCCGUGUCCAUCUGUUUGAUAUCAUCACCCAGUACCGUGCCAUCUUCUCAGAUGAGGACCCAUUGCUGUCCCCUGCCACAGGUGAGCACACUGUGAAUGAGAGUGCCAUCUUCCAUGGGUGGGUGCUGCAGAAAGUGUCACAGUUCCUGCAGGUACUGGAAACCGACCUUCACCGGGGGAUAGGUGGCCGCCUGGACUCUCUACUGGGCCAGUGCAUGUACUUCGGGCUGUCUUUCAGCCGGGUAGGGGCUGAUUUCCGGGGCCAGUUGGCUCCUGUUUUCCAGCGAGUUGCCAUCAGUACUUUUCAGAAAGCAAUUCAGGAAGCGGUGGAGAAGUUCCAAGAUGAAAUGAACUCCUACACCCUCAUCUCGGCUCCAGCCAUCCUGGGCAGCAGUAACCUGCCUGCUGCUGUGCCAGUCACUCAGCCAGGGACCCUGCAGCCGCCCAUGGUGCUCCUAGACUUCCCACCUCUUGCCUGUUUCCUCAACAAUAUUCUGGUCGCCUUCAAUGAUCUGCGCCUCUGCUGCCCCAUAGCCCUGGCACAGGAUGUGACUGUGACCCUCGAGGAUGCCCUUGCCAAGGUAACCAAAGUAACCCUGGCCUUCCAUCGUGCUGAAGAGGCCGCCUUCAACAGUGGGGAGCAAGAGCUCUUUGUCCAGUUCUGCACUGUCUUCCUGGAGGACCUCGUUCCUUAUUUAAAUCGCUGUCUCCAAGUCCUUUUCCCACCAGCUCAGAUAGCACAGACCUUAGGCAUUCCACCUACUCAGCUCUCCAAGUACGGAAACCUUGGGCACGUGAAUAUCGGUGUUGUCCAGGAGCCUCUGGCCUCUAUUCUGCCGAAGAGAGAGGUCUUCUGUCUAGAUGAAAAGGAACCAGUGCCAGAGCUCACAGCUCCAGCAACAGAACUCCCCGCCAAGGAAUCAAGCUUCGAGCCCGUCACUCUGGCUUUCCCUGAGGAGGGACAGGAGCAGGUUGAAUCGGAGGAGCCACUGCAGGCCGAUGUGCCUAGUGCAGGCACUUAACAGGCGUUCCCGGCUCCCAGAACCCGGCAGGGCAUCCAGGACCUAGGCGGCCAGAGACUAAAGCAUCUGAUGGGAAGAAGAGUUGCCUCGCCUCGGAAAACAUGGGACAGCCCCAGGGGAGAGGCUGCGAAGGCAUUCUUGAGAAGAAAUUAAAGGGAGAACUUCAUGGUCACUCUUGUAAAUGGUU